AGGGACGCUUCUGUGGUGAAAUUAUAGUACAUGGUGGAUGGGGUAACUGGCGUGACUGGAAUCUGUGUUCUCUGACCUGUAGAGGUGGAACUCGGACAAGACGAAGAAGAUGUGAUAACCCAGCACCAACCCGUCCUGAAGGAAAGGUUUGCGUUGGUUCGGCUUCACAGACACGUGCUUGUAACACAGACACGUGCUUGUAACACAGACACGUGCUUGUAACACAGACACGUGCUUGUAACACAGGCACGUGCUUGUAACACAGGCACGUGCUUGUAACACAGGCACGUGCUUGUAACACAGGCACGUGCUUGUAACACAGACAAGUGUCCAGUUUUAGUUUCAAUGUGCCGUGCUAGUGACGUCAGAAGAGGAAUAGGUUCAGAUCCCAGAUGUAAUGGCACGUCAUCUGCCUUAGACUGUGUCCCAGUCUGCAAAGAUCCAAGUCACAUCGUUGAUGUAAAAGAUAAACUUGUUCUCAAAUGCAGAAAUGGUGAAUGGGACUCGGAGAGACGAAAAGUGGCUCCAUGCACUUGUAAAGCAACCUUUUUCAACAUAAAAUUGUUUUAUUGUGGUUUUAAGGUGACAUCCCCUUUUGAGCUGAGGGUCACAUCUAAGAGUACAUUAAACUCUGCCACCUGUCUGUCCCAGUCUGCCAUAAGUGACUUGAAGUCGUUGAUUACAACCAAUACUGGUGCUUUACAGUGUAGUACUGAUGCCUCCUGUCAAACAACGGUACAUGUACAAUCCGAUGGCUGCGGUGUCGGUGGAAGGACAUUGGUUAGGAUAACAGCAACCAUAACUCUAACGUCAAACAUUUCUGCUGGUGACCUUCAGUUGGCAGAGUUCGUCACUUCAAAAACAGUGAGUCCACAGCUGCAGAAACUGAUUGAUGCUGUCAAAGUUUUGGAAAAGUCUGCCCAACAGUUACAGACUUCCAGUUCCAUUUAUGACGUCACAAUGGGCGGGACACAGUAUUCUGUUGUGAAAGAUGGUGUAACAGUGACAUCUGGUGUCCAGUGUCCAGCUGCAGCAGCGGUCAGAAAUAUGCUAUGUGUGUAUUGCUCACCAGGAACCUACAGCCAGGGUAACAAAUGCACGUUUUGUGAAGUAGGAACCUACCAGGAUGAAAUAGGGAAAGGUGAAUGUAAACAAUGUCCAUUUGGGAGGUCGACUGAAUUCACUGGAUCGACUGGUGUUAAUGAGUGUACAGUUUCUGUUGAUGGCAACGACAACGACGAUGAUGAUGUUGAUGAUGAUGAUGAACGUAACAAAAAUAUUGAAGAUACUCGUUCAUUGAUAGCUGGCUUAGCAGUUGGCUUAGCAGGAGCAUUUGUGGUAAUAGCAGCCUUGGUGGCAAUUGUCUUUUCAGAAAAGAAAAAAACCUGGAACAAUACACAAAAGUAUAAUGUCCUCUUGAACGAAAUGAGGUUUAGAAGUCCGACAAGCUAUGGUCAGAUCGCACCUACGGUCUAGCUGCUAAGCCAAACAACCGUUCAUUUUUUCAGGAAAGCAUGAAACGUGGCACAGGUGUUCUAUGGCAGAGUGAGGUCAAUUUGAAAACGCGACACAAAGCCGUCCAAUAUAUUUUAGUUUGACAUCACAUCACAUUUUUACCUUUCAUCUAUAUUGCCAUGACCUAUGAUUCAGAUGAGGUCUUUUAACAAGUAUGCAUAUAUAUCAACUGCUUUGACAUCUCGAUAUACAUGAUGGAAUACUUCCAUGUUAUUGGAGACAACUGAAAAGGUGAUUUAAAAUAAGAUCACCAUGAUGCAACUUCAUGUUACCUUUAUUAUAAUGUCCUGCUUGUAUACAGAGAAUACCUGGUUAUUGUCUUAAGAUAUUGGCGUUAUCCUGUGAAGGUUAGAACGGCCAAUACCAGAGGCACUGCAUCACAACAUUUGUCAUUCGCCAGAGCAGGAUAAAACCAAUAGCUUAAAUUAAUGACCAGUUAUUUAUUUAUCCUGCAAUCCAACAUAAUGCAAAAAAGCAAUGAAAAUACAUAUUGUAAAACAAAAAAAAUGGUUUUAAAAAUCCAAGUUAUCAACUGGAAUAAAAGAAUAAGAAACUUUGAAGAAUACAACAUUCCUUUGCUAAUCAUAAUUACAUGUUAUGUAAUAGUCCCCAAAAGCUAUAUUUUGGUCAGAUUUAAAUAGUGAUUGCAAAACACACACACACACACACACACACACACACACACACACAAAUUUACUUAUAUUUAUAGUUAUAGGUUAAUUAUUAUGAAUAUGAGCUUUGAAACCACUGCUCUGUGUAACAUUGAAAAUGUUUCCAUAUGGCAGCCAUCUUUAAAGCCAAUAUAACAGACAUAUGAUCUACUUAUUAUUUGUACCACUAGAUUUACAUGUACAUAAAAUAUAUGCUAUAGGCUUCGCUACCAUGGUUCUGUGUUGCUUAAGUUUUAAAAAAAUAAUUAAAAAGUGUUAUAUAUGGCAGCCAUCUUUAAAUUCAAUAUGGCGGACCUUUUAUAUACUGUUAGAUGCACAAGUAAAUUUAUAAUUCUUAAAACAUGGGUAUAGGCUUUGGAAUCAUGGUUCUGUCUGCCUUAGAAUGCGAGAUUUUCAAUAUGAAUGAGGCUGAUGGCGGCUAUUUUGAAAUUCAAAAUGGCGACCACCAGAGUGAGGUUUUUUUUUCGUGUCACAUUUUUUAAAUUGAACACCUGUACCAACUUUCAUGCUUUCCUGAAAAAGUGAACGAUUCACUAACAUUUUGGGCCUUAGUUGCUGGACUACUAAGGUUGAUGGUACGAGCCUACGUCAAACAGCUGAUGCUAUGUACAGCUUCCAGUCCGCCAAUAAAGCAAGUGGCUAUUAUCAUGAUGGUAGCAUUCCUCAGUCCAUAGAUCUCCCUCCAUCAUAUGAGCAGAUGAUGUCCAUACCGUUUCAGCACCCACCAGUACAAAGCAAGCUAACAUUAGUACAUACUCAGUUCACACCAGUACAGGAACAAACCAACUCGGUAACAAAACAACCCAUUAGCACCAGCUGAGCGUCGUGUUUACGAGAGGAAGAUUUUGCCACCCUGUCACGGGAAUUCUAUAAUACCCAUAACUGAAUGAAACACGAUUAUCAAAAUAUCUCUCCUAACUGUAUAGAGUCGGUAUAUUUUCUUAGAUCGCCAGACUGGCUGUCGCCAAUCACGGUUGUAAAAACCCCACUCGCGG